GUAGUUCCAUCUUCACUCAGUUUCCACUGUUUUUUUUUAUAGCUUUGUUUCAGACUCCUUCGCCCCUUUCUGUCUUGCACAAUAUUCGUUCACCUACGUAGCAUAGUAGAGAGCUGCUAGUCUCUUUCAUUAGAAGGAGUUGAAUGCGUACCCGUUACCGUGCAACUAGUAUCGUUUGUUGAUCCCAACCGAAACAUAAUCUGCAUGCUAGAAAUCGCUUCUACUUCACUACAAGUACAUGUGGUAACUAGCUGUUCGUAUUCAGCCAUCAAGCGAACACAAGUCGUGCUGAAAGAGUAAGCGUUGUAGACUAGUCGUAGCUACCACUGCUGAGCGGUGCCAAGAGAGAGAGAGAGAGAGGGAAGCGAGAAUGAGUGCCGUGAGCGGUCGACACAACGCCAAGAAUGAUAAAAUGGCGCCUCCCAGCUCUGGUUUGAAGCGCAACGCAAGUCCUGCAGCAGUCGUGGCACCACCGCCCAAUCAUCCCCACCAGAACCACCACCACCACCACCACCAGCAGCAGCAACAACAACAGCAACAGAUGUGGUACAGCAAUUCAUCACCUCUUCCACCAAUGUCCAGUGCUGCCACGCUCCUUGCUGAUCUUAAUCGAUGGCUGGCUGCUUUCUCCUGUCGAAACGAUAGCGGUAUUCAGUAUUUUCACGCAAUGGUUUCCCGGUUCUUUGACCCAACAGCAUCAAUCAGCGUAACACUAGCCCGUUUUCCUGCCCCCGCGUACAACGUUACUUACUCCGUGUUAGCUCAUUUCUUCGUGAGCAUUUUCAUCAAGCCCAAGGUGCGCUGCGUGCAGUUCCUGGGUCUGGACAGUGUGGAAAGGAGUCAUGAGACACACGUGGAGGUGUGCUGCAAGCAAGCCUCGAUCAGCAUUACAACCAACACACCUAAUGCAAAGGUGGAUUGCAAUUGUGAGUGGAAGAUUGACAUUGUGCCAACGGCAGCAGGAUUUCGGAUAUGCAACUGGGAUAUCCUCAUACUUGAUCCUGACGAAUACUUGCACAUGCAAAGUCAAGCACUUCACACAUCUCCUAUCACUGAGAAUGGUCUAAUCCGUGAAUGUUUGAAAUUCUUGAAGACAUCACAAGUGUUACAGCCGAUGAGGGAGCUGAUGGCAAUGCACCGUGAGAGCAAAUUGUCACCAAGAGAGUGCUUAGAGAACUGGGCAAAGAUGUCGGGAGACACUACCAAGCCAGGUCCAACUCAACACAGUGCAACUCACGUUGCAGCAGCACCGAUACUGGCUGCCGCUGUCACAUCCUCUGCCAGUGAUAAGAAAUCUUCUCCGAUAUCCACCACCAGCACUCCCACCACCAGCACGACGACGACAGCAUCCACUGACAAACCGAGCACAUCUACCACAACGACAACAACAACCACAACAACAACAGGAACAGGUAAGCGUAAGAAGCGUACACAGUCAUCCUCGGCAGCUGCCAAGAAAGCUUCUGCGGCAGCACAAGCAGCGCAAGCGUCAGCAGCUAGCGCUGCAGCAGCGGCGGCAGCUGCAGCUUCGGUCACGGCAUCUCCAACAACAACAGCUACGGUCACGUCAGCUUCUGCUGCCGCUGUCGCUGCAAUGGCAUCUGCAACUGCUACAUCACCAGACACGACCUGCUUACCGGGACAGAGUACAACCACUGCUUUGGCUGGUACAGCAGUCACUGGCAGUGGAGUGGCAUCGUCAUCAUCCCAGUAUCCAUCGCAUGCCACUGGCACACAGUUCAGCAGCAAUGUUACCGGACAAGCCAACCUGGCCACAGCCGGUAGUGCAACUCAGGCUGGUGGUGGUAGUGGUACGCUAGGACGACUAAGUCAGUCUGACUUCAGCCGAGCCGGUUCGCCCAAGGUGAUGAGUGAUGCGUUUAGUAAAAAGGAGCAGCUUACCAUAGUGCGAGUUGAGAAUCCUCACCCAGAUCCAAAGGUGAUGAGUGAUGCGUUUAAUAAGAAAGAUCACCUUGCAAGUACGAUUGUGCGAGUUGACAACCUUCACCCUGAGCCCGGCAUUCUGGCAACGCAGCAUGAAUCGGAGCAAUACUUGCAGCAGCAGCACCAGCAGUUGUCCCAGGGUGCAGGUCAAUUUGAUUCGGAAAUGGCGGUCCCACAGCUUUAGCAGCCAUGGAAUGUGUAGUUUGUGUAUAUCUGACAUCGGCGUCUGAUGCCAUCGCCUGAUGCCAUCGCCUGAUGCCAUCGCCUGAUGCCAUCGCCUGAUGCCAUCGCCUGAUGGGCAGAGCUGUACAUGGUUCUAUGGUGUUGUAGACUGUGGACUUGAAGUCAUUGCUGCAAAUUCUUGAAACUGGUCUAGGACAAAUCACACUCACCCUAUGUAUCCAGCAGCCCGGCAUGCUGUGAGAGGUAUGUCACGCUAUGUUAUUGCUCAGUACCUGAGACCAACCAAUGGGUGGUGUGUAGUGCUAGUAGUAGCCCAGACAGCAUACAUAAAAUACUGACACUGCAGCAUUUCACUGAUAACCGACUUUGCUGAUGGCAGUGGCUGGUAGUGGCUGCGUGACACAUCCACACCCGGAUAGCAGCAUGUACGUGCUGCCGCGCGGAUAGUGCUUUGUUUUGCGAAGAGAAAUUGAUUUUUUGUUUCACCGUCAUAAUUAUUAUUUCAGUUCCCUUGACCAUGUCUCGAUGUUGGCAAUUUUAGGUGCUGUUUGUCCACAGCUGCAUGAGGACAUUUUAAAGUGCUUGUAGGACAUAUUUCUCUCCGUCUCUCUCUCUCUCUCUCUCUCUCUCUCUCUCUCUCUCUCCAUCUCUCUCGUCAUCUAUCUCACUCACUCUCUUGGUCUCUCCCUCUCUCCCCGUCAUCUCCCCCCCCCCCCGACCCCCAUGGUGCUUGCUGUGUGCGCCGACCCCCAGACUCUUGGUUGGGUGAGUUCACUGCACCUCACCAGCGCAGCUCACCAGUGCAGCUCACCAGCGCACCUCACCAGCGCAGCUCACCAGCGCAGCUCACCAGCGCACCUCACCAGCGCACCUCACCAGCGCACCUCACCAGCGCACCUCACCAGCGCACCUCACCAGCGCAGCUCAUGUAGUGCCUACACACCUAUUGUUGUAUUUUUGUUUUGUUUCCCCUUCCUCCGUAGGUAUGUGCACUGUGAUACUUUGAAGUCAAAACUAGAGUAAAAAUUGGCAGUUUUAUCAAUUGUAUUAGCUUGCUUGAUGUCAUUGCUUCACAGCCUUGGUUUGUAACAAAAUUAUUUAAUUAAACUGCACUUCCCAACAGAAAUGGAGAGCG